CCGCGCCUGCGUGAACUCUUUUACACUAUUUAGUUUCAUAUCGCGUCGUACAUUUUGUUUAUCAAGGGUAAUCUAAUUUUUUCGUGUCUUAUUAUUUCCGUGUUAAUCUCAAACUUUCAGUUUAUAACAAUGUAAAGAACACUUGAGUUUGAAGUAGUAAAUUAAUUAUUGGUUCCGGGAAGGAUUGACACGUUACAGUUAGUUCGAUGAGUCUAUUGCAAACUAUACAUUGCAUAUCCAACUCAUCGUAUACAACAAAGUACAGAAACAUGAAUACUAGCACAAAUUUUGAUGAUGCCUUAGAAGAUAUCAAACGACGAGCUUUUCUAUUGUAUUGGAAUGAACUAACAUCAGAGUAUCUUUUACCAAAUACCAUAGUUUUGGCUAUGUACCUAUUAAUCGGAUUAGCUGGAAACAUAGCUGUCAUUCUUGUAUACCAAUUCGGUUUAGAUAAAAAGACAGAUGGAAGAUAUUUUAUAGUGCCACUGGCAUGGAUCGAUACGACCGCUUUAAUAGUAACAGCAGCGUUUAACCUUACUAGAAACAUGAAGCCAGUCAUAUUCCCUGGACAUGGAGCCUGCAAACUGCUUAUAUAUUUGAGUUACGUUACAACUUGCACUUCACUUUUUCUUUUGAAUGCCAUUGCAGUGCAGCGAUAUUUGAAAAUAUGCAAACCAUUUGGUUCACAAAUGAAUAUGCUAUGGAAACGUUUUUCUGUUCUUAUUUGUACCAUUGCGUCAGUUCUGUUGUACAUACCUGUGUUGUUUUACUAUGGAGUUGUAGAAACCAUUAACCAUUCUCUUGGUAACAUCAGUGGACAUCAAUGCAACAAACUCCCUGGUACCCCAGGCCAGCUGAGAGGACUGAAAAUAUUCCAAGGAUUUGGAUUUUUUGUCACAAUUACCAAUGUUGUUACAAUAACUGUACUAUACAUUUGUAUAACAAUAUCAAUAGUAAAGCAACUAAAGAGGAUGAAAUUUGUAAAAGUGAGGAGAGAUAACGUUAUAGUUACUACAUCAGACGCAACAGGACAAACAUAUGUUCCAAAAAUCCAAGUAAAUCUACAGUCAGCGACAAGUGAUACGGAAAUUUCAAUGGAAACCUCUACUCGAAUGAAUGAAAUUAAAGAACAUACAACUAAAUCUGCUACAAAGAAAUCGACUUUUAGAAUAUCUUUUAUGUUUAUGACCAUUUCCAUCGUUGCAUUUCUUGCAUACUUGCCAUCAUGGACAUUUAUAGUGAUUGAAACGAAUAACCCUGCAUUUUGGAAAAGUCUUCCUCCUACUGCAUUUCAUAUUUGUCUAACCUUGCGUCGAAUGUACAUGAUUAAUCAUUUUUGUAAUCCAUUUAUAUAUGGUGCAUUUGAUUAUUCUUUCCGUGAAAAGAUAAAGAAGAUGUUUUGCAAAAAGUGAUCAAGAAAAAUGCAAAGAUCCCGUUUGUUAUGAACACAAAAAUUUUCAAAGAUAAUAAACUUAUAUUGUGUAA